UCACUUCCAUUGAUCCAUAAUUUCCCAAACCUCUUCUCUCUCUCUCCAUUGACGGAUUUCAACUUAUUGAUCCACUUCAAAAUCGAACAUUAUUAGGUUUCCAUAAUUUUCUAUUAAGACUUGUAUUCACAGUGUUUCUAUUUAAGGCUAUAAUCAUCCAUAUCCUUGAAGCUUUGAUCACAGUUUUUGGAUCCUUUCCAGGGAAGGGGGUGAAGUAUGGGAUCUUUGCGAGGACCGGUGAUUUGCCCAGCUGUUAGAGCAAAGCAAGCUGGUGGACCUUUGUCCAUGACCAAAUUCAUCAACAGUGGAUUAUGGGGAUCAUCUCAAAAGAUCAAAGGGGCAAAGAGAAAUGAAGGCUAUCAACUAAAUGUGAGGAAAUGGAAGGGAAUACAAUGUGGUUAUAGUUCAUCAUCUGAUGGUAAUAACAGUAUGGCGGAGAAUUUUAACGACAAGGAUGAAGAUUAUGUAAACUCGAGUGUGAUUGAAGCAGUUGAGGUGAAGAAUGGACCUGAAGGUUUCUUGGUGAAGAUGCGUGAUGGUAACCAUUUAAGGUGUACUCAUAACCUAACUCAGGCUGGGCGUUUACCUGAUUAUGCUCCGCAUCCUGCUAUUGUACUGAAGAUGGAAGAUGGAUCUGGGCUUAUACUUCCUAUAAUUGUCUUGGAGAUGCCAAGUGCAUUGCUGAUGGCUGCCCUGCGAAAUGUCCAAAUUGUUCGGCCUACUAUGUAUCAAGUUGUGCAAGAGAUGAUUGACAAGAUGGGAUAUGCUGUGAAGCUUGUUAGAGUGACGAAGAGAGUGCACGAGGCGUAUUUUGCUCAAUUAUAUCUCACAAAGGUGGGUAAUGAAGCAGAGAGUGUAAGCUUUGAUCUUCGACCUUCUGAUGCCAUUAAUAUUGCAGUAAGAUGCAAGGUGCCCAUACAAGUCAAUAGACACUUAGCAUAUAAUGAUGGGAUGAGAGUUAUGGAAUUGGGAAAGCAAUCUUCUCCUCAGAGCUCAGUAUCUGAAGGGCUACUGUUUACUGAACUGGACAGGCCGAAUGGAAAACCAUGCAAUGAGUCAAAGGAAUUUGAUAUUGUUCAGAACAUGUGGAUGGCCGCUGACGAAGAGCGCUAUAAAGAUGCAGCCCAGUGGAAAGACAAACUAUCUCAGUUCAGGUCAAAGAAAAAGUGGACAUAGACAGAUGCAGACUUCAAGGGAUUGUGUACAUUAAAUUCGUCGUCUGAAGAUGAUGGAAUUGGCUAUUAUUAUAUGUAUGUAUGGAAAAUGAAAAAACUAAAUGUAUAAUUGUAUAUAUUGAUGAUCAGACAUGGAAACUGCCUAUAUAUGUUUAUAAUAAUUACUUCGUGUUCUAUUCGACACGAAAUCUAACUUA